ACAAUCUUUAAUUUCGUCAGCAAAAAUGCGAUCGAACCUUAUGUUGAAAAAAUUAAUCAAAUGAAGUGGUUUCAUUUAAUUGCUAUUAUUUCGAUCUAUAUUUACUGAAAUAAAUAGACACCUAAAACGAAUCUAAUAUUUUUCAAAUAGUCGCUGAUAGUGUUUGAAUACCUAAGCGUUCGAUAAUCUUGCAACUGACAGAAUUGACCAAACAUUGCGACGUCGCGAAAAUCGGCGUAUUGCAUUAAAUUUUGGUAAAUAUUUUUAAACAUAAUCAGAAAAGUUAAAGAAUAAUUGUUUUAAUUGUUAUUGAAUCUUUUUUAUUCUAACAUUAAUUGCUGUUGAAAGAAAUCACCGACGGAGGUUGGCAAACUUUUGUUAUGUGUGCGCCGCCUCUUCAAAUAUUGAUUUUGGGCUGGACAAACGUCUGGCAGUUCAAAGAAAAUUGUGUUCUUGCUUUAACACACGCAAGAAAUUAUCGUUGUGUAGAUACCUUCAACUUAAUUUUAAUGAAAAUUAAUUUCUUAUUAUAACUAAGCCAUCCAUUUGGUAAUAUGAAAAUAUUUACAAUGGUUCUUCUUGGUGUUUUCUGACUAUUGAUUCAUGUUGAAUGUAAUUAUGUUAUAAGUGUCAGUGAAUGUUAAAUGUUGUUAAUGAUUCAUAAAUAUAUAACUUUAUUUUUACUUUGGAGUACAGCUGAAGUUUGGUAAGAUCAUUUUUAUUUUACCACAGAAAUGGAAAGCAACUAUAGCCAGUUUACCUGAAGAUUAUGGCAUUUAAAAUUAUAAAUUCAAAAUAGCAAUGACCAGUUUGACUUUAGCAUUAGAUAAUAUUGAUGUUACUGAAAAUACAGAACAAAUUAGUAAAUUAUUUCCAAAGUGCAGACCAAGAAGUGAUAUUAACUUAAAUCCGAUCAUUGUCUCUGGAAGAGACCAUGAAUGUAAUGAGAAUACAGAAAAUACUGUCAUGAGUGCCGACAGCGAAAAUGAUAGAUGGAUAGCUGAUAGUUCCUGUAAUGUUAGUAGAGAUAAUGCAAGUCAGUUGCAGUCAACAGAUGAUGAUGAUAUUAUUAUUGAACAUAAACACACAGGGGGAACAUACAAAUUACGAGAUUCUAGGAUCAUUGAAAUUGCUGGAGGACGAGAAAUAUAUUCCCAGAGUCGAAGUAAAGCAUUAAGAAAAUCCAGAAAUUCUCUAGCGGGUGAAGAUGGGGAAAAAAAGGUCCAGAAAUCGCCUUUGAGGCAGGGCGUAUGGGAAUUACGUGCACGGAACGAAACGAAAAAGUCACAAAAUUCCCGAGAUUAUACCGAGACAGUAUUUUCGUCCGAAGUAUGUUCAGUGGCUCACGAGAAAAAUGCCGAGGGUGCUACAGAUAAAUCUAGUCCAAUAAAAAUGACGUUGCCCGGAGAAGUAGUAGUUUUCGACGACAUUGGUGAAAACUGGCAUGUUGAUGAAAAUAAAAGGAUACAGAAGGAACAUUUACAUACUGCCACAAAUGUUUUCAAUACCGGUGAUACUGAUAGCGAAAAAGUUACCAAAGUAAUAGGAAAUUUACCUAUCGCUGUUUAUGAAGGUUCCCCUAGACGAUAUGGACAAAGAAAUACCGAAUCAAAUUAUUCACACCCGCAGCUUCCUAGUGCACAAAGUUUGUUGGCUUCGCCUAGUGUUUAUCCUCCUCGACCUGGCUUUCCACAAAGGGUCGUCAGUACUCCUAGUCCAGUAGAAAAUGAUUCCAAUGUAAAUAAUGAAAACCAUUCCUCAAUUAUAAAAUAUGUUUCUCCGAAUUCAACAACAACAUCUACUUUUGAUUACUUAUAUGAGUUUUCGGAAACUAGAAAAGUACUAGAAGAAUUUUUUAAAUGUCCUCCAACUGAUGAAGAAAAUCGACUGGAGGUAGAAUUUCAAGAUUUAGAAUACGAAUUAAGGAGACAGGCUAGUGAUUCUGGUAAUUCAUAUGUUGGACAAAGAUUAGCUAAAACCUUACCAGAAGAAAAUGAAUUUUGUGUUCGGAUAGAUAGUCCAAGAAAGUGUAUGAACACUAAUCUAACUAAUCUUGGGCAGGAUCAUGACAUAACGGAGCAUGAGAACAAUUUUUUAGAUCUAUCUAUUGGUACCGGAUCUAGUGGUGAUUUAGGAGAAACUGAGGUAGGUUUACAAGUAGGACAUAGUAGGAAUUUUACUCUUUCUCCGGAAACUACAGACUGUGACUCUAAUUGUGGAGAUUUAGAUAGUGAAGCGUCUUUAAUGUUAAUGGAAACUGACAUGGGACCUUCUGGUGGCCUCUUAGGAUCAAAUACAGACUUAGUUAUUCCUAGUGAUUCGUUACGCUUAUACUCUAGUAUGCCUGUAUUAGAAGAUGGUUUAUCAUCCGGACAUGCUAGUGAUACAGAUAAUAAUAACCCAACUGUAAUGCUCAUGAAGCGACAAAUAACUGAAAUAGAAAGGGAAAUUAAUCAAGGAAUUUGUAAAUCAAAUUCAACUAAAAUUAAUGAAAAUGGUUUGUCUCCAAAAAACGAAAUACGUAAUGUAUCUUCUAUUGAUAUUAAUGGUUGUGUUAGUAGCUUUGAAGAACCUAUGACGAUAUCUCAAACAGAUUCACUUGAAAAAACACCUCCUCCUCCUGCUCCUGCGCCUCAUCGCCCAAUGCAAGGAGAAAAAACAAACGACGUUGAAGCAGCUCUAAAAGAUAUUAGGUUAACUUUACAAAGGACAAAAACGCUACCAUUACAGCGUCAUCCUGAAGAAGGUGACGAAGAAAAUGCAACUAGCCCUAUUUGGGUGCCCAGUCAUUUCAGGCAAAGGGGUCUUUCAAAUGCAAGUGGAGAUUCAGAGAGGAAGUUUAAUAGUGGAGGGGAAGAAGAGGAAAAUGACACCGAUUUAGAAACAGACCGACUUCUUGGGCAACAAAGGACUGACGAUCAGGGUUUUUACGAUGAUAAGGGUUGGAGAAAACCUAAAAGUCGGACUAUAAUGCCUCCGAUAAGCCUAGCAAAUCCUAAAAUUUUAAAUAGUGUGGAUGAUGGUACCCUUCCUUUAGUCCCUUCUGAAACACAAAUUUCUGAUCCUCCCUCCCCGACAGCUGCCUCAGAAAAAAGCCAAUCGCCUCAAAGUCAAAAAGGAUCGGUGUCUUCAAAUAAAAUUAAAAAGGAAAAAGAUAACAAAAAGAAAGGCAGGAAUAAAGAAGAUGUGAUCCAACGUUCAGUGUUGAUAGAAGGAGUUCUCUUUCGAGCAAGAUAUUUGGGGUCUACCCAACUCGUAUGCGAAGGCCAACCAACUAAAACCACAAGAAUGAUGCAAGCAGAAGAAGCUGUUUCUAGGAUAAAGGCACCUGAUGGAGAGAGUCAGCCCAGUACAGAAGUAGAUUUAUUUAUUUCCACGGAGAAGAUUAUGGUACUCAAUACAGAUUUAAAAGAAAUCAUGAUGGAUCAUGCGUUGAGGACAAUAUCUUAUAUAGCAGAUAUCGGUGAUCUAGUUGUAUUAAUGGCAAGGCGGCGUUUUGUACCUCAUGAAAUGGAAGAUGCUCCAAAAAUCAACCGCACUCCUAAAAUGAUCUGCCACGUUUUUGAAAGCGAGGAAGCUCAAUUUAUCGCACAGUCUAUUGGACAAGCGUUUCAGGUAGCUUAUAUGGAAUUUUUGAAGGCUAAUGGAAUUGAAGACCACAGUUUUGUUAAAGAAAUGGAUUAUCAAGAAGUUUUAAAUUCCCAGGAAAUAUUUGGUGACGAAUUGCAAAUGUUUGCGAAAAAAGAAAUGCAAAAAGAAGUUGUGGUUCCAAAAGCGAAAGGAGAAAUUCUGGGAGUAGUUAUUGUAGAAUCGGGAUGGGGCUCAAUGUUACCGACAGUUGUGAUAGCUAAUUUGGCCCCAGCUGGGGCAGCGGCACGAUGUGGUCAACUAAAUAUUGGUGAUCAAAUCAUAGCGAUUAAUGGGGUCAGCUUAGUUGGACUUCCAUUAUCGACAUGCCAAACAUACAUCAAAAAUUCCAAGAAUCAAACAGUAGUUAAAUUAACUGUAGUACCUUGUGCUCCUGUGGUUGAAGUAAAAAUUAAGCGACCAGAUACUAAAUAUCAACUUGGGUUUAGUGUACAGAAUGGGGUGAUUUGCAGUUUACUUAGGGGCGGUAUAGCAGAAAGAGGAGGUGUGCGAGUGGGACACCGGAUAAUUGAAAUUAAUAACCAAAGUGUCGUGGCGGUACCUCAUGAAAAAAUUGUAAAUUUAUUGGCCACCUCUGUAGGGGAAAUUCUAAUGAAAACAAUGCCGACUUCCAUGUUCCGUUUGCUUACUGGUCAAGAAAAUCCUGUAUACAUCUAAGUUGAUAUUAACCAAGGUUCGAAAGUGCCUACUUGUAGUUGAUAUUGAACUGUCCUUGGGAAUUGUUUUAAUUUUGAUCGUGCUUGAGUCGCAGAUCAAUAUAUUUUUUAUUGUUAGAAUAAGUUCAACAGACUGAAGACAAUACAAGCAAAGAACUGCGCUCUGCACAAAUCUUUUUGCGCUGAGCUUUCGUGAUAGACCAUAUCUCUGCUUUGUCGCGUAAUUCAUUCUAUCAUUUUAGCUAAUAUGAAUGAAAAGUUUCGUUGUCUUGGGUGUAAUGUUUACUUUUUUUGAUCAAAGUGUAUAUGUGAAUCGCCCAGACCUUAUCACCAGUCUUGAAAUUUAUAUAUUCAUGUUGAUUAGCAUCAAGAAAUAAAACAUUUUUUUUAGAAUCAUAUAUUUAUCAAGAAAGUGUUUUACCUUAUGUGUCUCUUUGAAAUGUUCAAGUUAAAAAGGGAUUUUUUCAACUGUAAAUAUUAAUUUUAUUCUUCUGAGCUGUUCACAUAUACUUUAUGAAAAAAGAUGGUAGCCAUUAAAUUAAUUUCAAUUAAAAAUCGUUUGGUUUCCAGAUUAAGCUGAUUAAGUAGUGGAAGUGAGAACUAAUAUAUAUUUAAUAGAUUUCUUUUUCUUUUCUAUGCAAAGUGGCGAACAUCUGUGAAUUGGUAAUUGGUAAAUUGGUUUAAUAAUUUUUAAAUCUUAAGUUAUUUUGAGAAUGAAAGAUUUCACACUAUAUAUAUAUAUAUAUAUAUAUAUAUAUAUAUAUAUAUAUAUAUAUAUAUAUAUAUAUAUAUAUAUAUAUAUAUAUGUAUGUAUGUAUAAACAACUAAAGUACUUAUUAAGCCUAAGACAAUUUCAACUUUCGUGCACUCACUUUCAGAAACUGCGUUGCUCAAAUUAAGCGUUGUGAAUGAAAAAAGUUUUGUCCAAUUCAUAUUAUAUAUAAUGUUUUUUUUAUAACAGAUGUAGCUCAUUCUAUGAAAUACGUUGCUACAAAAAUUAUCCAGAUCAGUUCAAUCUGAAAGUUGUGUUUGAAAGUUGUAUAAUUUUAUCAAAGGAAGUGAUAAAUAAGUACAAUUUAGAGGACUUUACAGUUGAAAUGUGAACCAAUAAACUUCAGUUUUGACACUUUUUUUAAUUGCACCAUCAAGUUAUCAUAAUUGUUAUUUUACACAUUGUCUUUUGAACAUAAAGAUGAAAUUAAAAUUAUGCUGUAAUCACAAAUAGUGAAUUCUGAAGAAAUCAAUGUAAUAAGUUCUCUGGUGUAAACAAAUUCUCUAUUAAAUUUAAUAUACCAUAUUGGUGAGUAGAAAAUUAAUCGUUGAAAAACUUCUUUAUAAUAAUAACUUUUCCUAUUCAUCAACUGUUUUUCACAAAUCUAGUUAUAUUCAAAUAAAUUGAAUAAUUUAGUUUUUAUAUAUUUUUCGUGAAUAUUUUGAUAAAGUUCGAAGUAGGUAGUAAUACAAAAGAGACCUAAAAGCAAGUAAUUUAUUUCUGAAAUGUAUAUUAUCUUUUCUCUACAGGAUUACAAGUACAAAAAAAUGUUUUCUUAUUAUUAUAUCAGAUUCAAGAUACAGAAACAGUUGGGAUUUUGUUGUGAAGACUUGGAAUUUUGGCAGAAUUAUUGUUUUUUUUUUAAUCAAAUGCAAAAACCUAAAAUUAACAUUUUGUAAAGGAUGUCUAAUUUAAAUACAGCAGAAACACUAAGAGUUUUUAUCAGUUUGUUGUCACAAUUCAUAAAUUAAAUGAUCGUAUAAAAUAAUAUCAGUAGUAAUUAUUUUUAGCGACAAAAUUUUUACAAAUAAGCUUUUUUGUCUGAUAUUUUUUUGAGAUUCUCAAAUACCGUUUUUUCUUAUUGAGUUCACUUUAUACAAAAGGUUUUCAAUUUCUUUCGCAUUUUAUAUGACCUUUCUGACAUUUCUAAAAUAUCAAAAUGAAAAUAAAGAAUAGCGGUUAUGCGUAUUAUUGAUAUUUUAUUAUUUUAUAAUACAAUUGUAUUAUUGUUGCGUUUUCAAUCUCGGCGUAGAACUAUUUAAGUUUAUUGGUCCAGUACUUAAAACAAUUACUUCCUUUUCUAAACAUCAAACUUUUACCUAAAAUGACUGCGUUACAACUAUAUAUUCGUUAUUGUGAAUGUGAAAAGCAUACCAAAGACUGUUGGUUGGCUUGAAAAAUAUGUCAUCUAAGUCUUGUAACCACUGAAUGGUUCUAUCUGUAUUUUCGUUUUGAAACAUUUUUCAUGACAAUUUUUUAGCAAUAAACUAUAUUUCAUCAUCUCAUUACUUAUUUUAAUUUUGUUUCAAUGAAAUUUCCCAACAUUCAUUCAGUUUUUAACAACGCUCUGUAGAUGUAGUGAUAUGAAUAGUUACUUCUCGCAAUUGCUGGUUUGUUUUACAAAAAGUUGAAGUCUGAACUUCUCUUAGACAAAUUCCGUCAUUUAAAUGUUAUUAUUAUUCUAUUAUGAAUAUAGAAAAUAUGGGUUUAUUUUAAUUUAAUUAAUUUAAUAAACAUAUAAUAGUAACGAUUUAUUUAUAAUUGUCAAUGCUGGAUAAGAAUUUAUAUUGUUUUUGUUCCAACUUAUUAUGGUCAACUCAAGUCAAUUUAGAAAUAUAAUAGUAACAAAAUAAAAAUAUACUCUCCUCAAUUAUUCAUAACCUUAACGCAUAAUUCUAAUGUUAAGAGAUUAUGCAAUGAACUGAGCAAAAAGUUGAUGGGGAAAGAAUCGAAAUUGGAGAAACAUGAAAAUAAUCUAUUUUCUAAUUUCACCUAGAUUGUCAUGCAUGAAAAGGGAAUUCUCUUCUACAAAAGGGAUUGAAAGGUACGACUUGUGUUGAUAAUACUUCAAUCAUAUACCUGUGAAUAUUAAGACGACCUCUUCCAAUUACCAAUGGCCCUCCAUUUUAAUACCACCACAUACCACUUUAAGUAUACUUUGGUUGUAUGUAACAUUGUGCAAACUAUUCUUUUGUCUAGUGAAACACGUCGAUCAGUGCCAAUUAGCAACAUCUGGACUCAUCUGAGAACAUUACAUUCGGCCAAAAUGAUCUUU